UUGCUAAUUCUUUCCUUUUCCCAUCUCUUGRCAGAAUUUAGCAGAACUCUCAUUCAAAGAAAGAAAAAAUGCAAAGUUUGCAACUUCUUUCAUUUUUACUGCUUUCUUGUAUCAUCGUSUCAGCAAAUACAUAUGAAGGAAAGAAAAAAGAGGCACUGGGAUCACAGAGUGAACACGCUACAACAAAGAAAGAGCGCCAAAAAGUAGAAACCAAAUUUCGACUYUAUACAGAUACAGCUGAAGACAGCUGCCAGAUUUUUGUUAAUCAGYUGGAGACUCUUGACAAAUGCAGUUUCAAUGCCUCUCUUCCUCUGGUGAUGAUUGUCCAUGGCUGGUCGGUGGAUGGGAUAUUAGAAAGCUGGAUUUGGAAAAUGGCAGCAGCUCUGAAGUCGCAGCAUAAACAAAUGAACGUCAUCAUUGCAGACUGGCUCACACUGGCUCACCAGCACUACCCCAUUGCUGUACAGAACACACGCCACAUUGGACAGGAGAUAGCACAAUUCCUGGAAUGGCUGGAGGAAUCCAUUCAAUUUUCCAGAAGCAAUGCUCAUCUAAUUGGGUACAGCCUGGGAGCUCAUGUUUCAGGAUUUGCUGGAAGUUUUAUCAGUGGUACAAAAAAGAUUGGAAGAAUUACAGGCCUUGACCCUGCUGGUCCCUUGUUUGAAGGAAUGUCACCAACAGACCGUUUAUCUCCAGAUGAUGCAAACUUUGUAGAUGCAAUUCAUACCUUCACUAAACAGCACAUGGGCCUCAGUGUUGGCAUCAAGCAGCCUGUGGCUCAUUUUGACUUUUAUCCCAACGGAGGCACCUUCCAGCCUGGCUGUCACAUCCUGCAUGUGUACAACCACAUUGCACAAUUCGGGAUCACUGGCAUCACUCAAACUGUGAAAUGUGCCCAUGAGAGGUCAGUUCAUUUGUUCAUCGACUCUCUGCUGCACAAGGACAAGCAAAGCACAGCUUACUGGUGCAAUGACAUCAACACUUUCAACAAAGGACUGUGCCUCAGCUGUAGGAAGAACCGCUGCAACACCCUGGGCUACAACAUCAGGGAGGAAAGGCUGCCCAAAAGCAGACGACUCUUUCUGAAAACAAGAGCACAUAUGCCCUUCAAAGUAUAUCAUUAUCAGUUCAAGAUUCACAUCAUCAAUGAAAUCCAAGGCAAGCCGAUAGACCCAGCUUUUACCAUGUCUCUGGCAGGGACUAAGGAGGAUGCUAAAAACCUGCACAUCCCGCUAGUUGAAGGUAUUACUGGGAAUAAAACCUACUCCUUUCUMAUCACGCUGGACACUGAUAUCGGUGACCUAAUAAUGAUCAAGUUCAAAUGGGAAGGAACUCCAGUUUGGGAAAAUAUCUGGGACACAUUUCAAACCAUAAUACCAUGGACAAAAGGCAGCCGUCGACCAGGACUUAUAGUGAAGGCAAUAAGAGUGAAAGCAGGGGAAACACAGCAAAAAAAAACAUUUUGCCCCCAAAGCAUCGACAACAUUCACCUUCAUCCAUCCCAAGAGAAGACAUUUGUGAGGUGUGAAGAYCGCUUCCAGACAGAAAACAGAAAUUGAGCAAGAACACAAAAGGCAACUCCUCUCCAACAUAUUCAAAAUAYGAUGCAUCACGUAAAAUGUUUUAAAAACUCAUAGCUACAUCAAAUACCUGAGCAAUUUCAGAGGUGGUAAAAACACAUAUUAAGGUAUUUGGUUUUUGUGAUCCAACAGUCAACUGAAAUAUGCACUUUGUUCAUCUAGGAGCACACUCUGAAAAUGAUCAAUGAGCAGCUUCAUCAUGGCAGCUGUCAAUCUGCAAGUGUUUAAAGUCUGAGGAAAACAUCUGCUCACCAGAAAUAAAAAUCUUAUUUAACAAAAUCACUGCCGUAAGCCUUUGAAAAGCUUUGUUUUGUUGGAUUUAAGGCAAAAAGAGAAACUUCAUUUCCCAGUAAAUACUUUGAAACAUCAAUAGCUACUGUUACCAGUUAAAACUUUCCUAAACUAUUUUCUAAUGAAGGGGGAAUUUAAUAGUUCAUAAAAGAAAAUACUACCAAACAGAUAUAAAAAACCAGAAUGCUUCAGUUGUAAUAACCAUAUAAAAAGCCCAAUAACACUAUCAUCUAAAAAUGCUAUAAUAAACUUUGUUCUCUUUUAAAAUGCUUUGCUAUUUAACUAUCUUAAUUAAAGAACUGAUUCAAAUUACUAGCAAGUUAAUUAUUUGARUGAUGCUUAUUAUACUACACAAAAGUCUAGCACAACUAAGUUUAGGUAAUUUUUGCAUUUAAAUUGUAUUUACCCGUUCAGGUAACGUCUGAGAUUUUCAGAUUCUGAAUCUUUGUAUACCAGAUUUUAGCAURACUUGAAACUGCCAGAGUAAAUGAAAACGGUAAACUCUUCAAGCAGCUUCAGAGCAUAAAAAGCAACUUUGUAAGGUCAAACAUAUAAAUUYCCCUUGUUUCCCCUGUCAGAAUAUAAACAAUAAAGAGAAACAUUAUUGUCUCAGAUUGUUUUUAUUCUAUGGUUUGUGCAUACUGAAACAGAAAUCAAUUUAUAUGUAUUUCACAUGCCACUUUAAUGCUAAGCACAAGAUCCAUUAAAAAUUAUGUUUCUUGAACUGAAUUUUGAAUGUAAUUUGUGUUAAAUGUUCUCUAAAUAAUAAAAAAUCUACAAGAAAGUGUUAAGACCUGGAGAAAAGCAUAUGUUUUCACGCCAAGAUAUUGCAGGGAAUUUUGAAUCAAAAUAUCUGGAUGUUAUCAGGAAUAGUGAGAUUUAUUCAGACAGCCUGACAAAUAAACAAGUUGAGCAGAUCCUGCAAGCAAUGAACAGUGAUCASAUGUUGAAUGCCAGCAUCUCUUAGUUUUCCAAAGCACAAUGAAAAAUGAAACAAGGAAACCAGUCAGAAGCAUGUGUGGUUAACUCAAAACCAGGCAUCUCUCUAGAUUGUUUCUAGAACCAAGUUGUUGCUUCUGCAAAAAACUUGGAUGUUUCCACUUUUACCUCUUUGCUUCAGGGCUUUCUUUUUUUUU